UGCCAUCAUUGAAAGCCAGUCGUCUUUGAACUUCCAUUCUACGGUACCAUUCGACCCAACACCACCUCUAAAGCAAUGCUGCUGCACUACCCCGGUUCAUUUUGAGACCCACAGACCGAGCGCGGCACACCAUACCAUGUACGGAUUAGUGACAACAAAGAUCUUUAUCGCCGUCGGAACCUUCUUCAUAAGUUUCACUUCUGCGGCUGCACCCUUGAGGGUGAUCCGGAUCGAUGAUCAUCUAUUCAGCAUCGGUAACAUGGUUGCUGCGGGGGUUCUAUUGGCGGGCGGACUCGUCCAUCAGCUCCCCGAUAGCUCGGAAAGCUUGGAGGAUAAAUUCGGCGACUAUCCACUGGCAUCCUUCAUCGCCGGUCUCACCUUCACAUUUUUUCUGCUUCUGGAAGAAUACCUCCACCUUCAGAUGAAAGACAACGAGCUCUUCGCGCAAAUCCACGGACCACGGAGCAUUAGCGAUUCCGAGCAGGCCAACCAACAGCGACHCCAUGAGAGAAGUAGUCUCAUCUCUCACGACACACCAGGGAAUAGUGGGUGCUGUAUCAUAGCAUCGGAAAACGACUGUGCAGCUUAUCUGACUUCGAGCACGAGGUCCGAUGCCGAAAGGAACGAAGAGUGCRGGACAAUUCCAAAGAAAAAGAUAGAUAUCCACCACCGCAGAUCUACCAGCGGCACCAACUCCGUCUUGGAUUCGAUGAGGGAUUACAGCUUUAGCUACCAGCACCCAGUGCACUACCACGAGAGCCACCUCGUCAAUCACGCAAAAGGGAGCCUGCUGUCGUCGGUUCUGCUUCUAACGGCCCUUUCCUUCCACAGUCUCUUCGAGGCACUCGCUAUUGGGGUGGCGACCGACACCGCGUCAAUCACCUCGACCACGUCGGCCGUCCUGGCGCACAAGGCAUUCGCGGGAUACGCACUCGGCUCCGCAAUGGUUGCCUCCCACAUGAGAGAACUGCACGUCCUUGUAUUGAGCUUUGUCUUUGGCCUUUGCAGCAUCGCAGGCGUCUUUCUAGGAAUUUUCCUCUUACCAGCAAUCGAUGCUGACAACAGUGUCACAGUAAUUGGAAUCAUCCAGGCGAUGGUGUCCGGCACGUUUUUGUACGUUUCCAUCGUCGAGAUCGCAAUGAAAGAGCUCAUGACGCAUAGAGAGGGCAAAAGUGACCUGCCGAUACAAACAUGGCAGAUUCGAAAGCUUUUGGGCUUUUUGGUAGGUUACUUGAUGAUGUCGGUCCUGGCCAUAUGGGUAUGACAAUUCGAUUUAAACUGUUAUCAGCGUCAAGAUUGAAAAUUCUUGUUGUUGUUCAAUAAAUAUUGUAGAUUCUU